CAUCCAUUUCAAAGCUUAUUGAUUUUGGGGAGGGACCGAGAGAGAGAGAGGGAAAAACAGAGAGAUCAGAGAGACAGAGAGGCAGAGCAUGGCAACCUGCAACAUGGCAUCGGCUGCUUCUGGGUUUGUGCUAACACCUAAUGUUUCAAGCAGCACAAGUUCAUCUGCCAGGAGCAACAUGGUAUGCUUCCCUGUCAAGAACAACAACAGCAGCUACAACAACUCAAGGCUUGUUGUCGUAAGGGCAGCUGAGGAGGGUGCAGCUCCACCAGCCCCCACCGCAGCACCAGCUGCAGGGGAAGCUCCAAAGCCUAAGCCACCACCGAUUGGACCCAAGAGAGGCACUAAGGUUAAGAUUCUUAGGAGGGAGUCUUACUGGUACAAAGGCACUGGAUCUGUGGUAGCUGUUGACCAGGAUCCAAAGAGUCGCUACCCAGUGGUGGUUCGGUUCGACAAAGUAAACUAUGCAAAUGUAUCUACAAAUAACUAUGCAUUGGAUGAGAUUGAAGAAGUUAAAUGAGUGAUGGUUGUAUUGUAAGAGUAAUUGUAAUUCUUCCACUAUUCCACUCUCUAGUGUGUGUCAGGAAUGUGUAUCAUACUCUCUUUGAUUUCUUGUCUCUUGCUUAUAAUGUUAUGAUCAGAUCGAUAUUGUUCAUGACA